UUCUUAUUUUCUGGUAUCAUAACCCUAACUCUUAGUUGCAUAAUUUCAUUAAUUUGCUUUUUGGACUGAAUAGAGAAGAAGAUCGAUCGAGAGAGAUAGCCAGAACUGAGAGAAGAGGCUGUGAAGAUGGCUCUGAACAACGGUCUCAGGUCGUGCGCUUCCAAGCUCCUCACCUCCACCGAAUCACUGCUUCCCAUGUCUGUGAGCCGAGGAAUCCACUCCACCGGCAUGAAAAGAAUGGGAGGAGGACAUGCUCAUGGCCAUGACGAGCCAUUCUACUUGCAUGCAAAGCACAUGUACAACUUGGAUAGGAUGAAGCAUCAGAAGCUGAAGAUGACACUCGGUGUGCUAUCUGCAUUCAGCAUUGGUGUUGCAGUUCCCGUUUGGGCUGUCAUCUUCCAGCAAAAGAAGACCGCUUCAGCGUAGAUGUUGCAUUAUCGUUAUUUGCAAUAACAGGCCUGCCUGCUUGGGUUGCCUCGUGCACAGAUCAUGCUCAUGAAAAACAUUAUGUUUUGAAUAUUUAACUUCUUCCAGUUUGUUUUGCUAUGCCUUGUGGUCUGGCUCUACUUUGAUCAAUUGAAAAUAGUUUUGAAGUUGUCAUGCAGAUUUUUCAAUAAUAUUUUCUGGAUUUUUCCGUCACGAACGAUUCUAAGAGUGAAAGUUGUCAUGCGUUGGGGAGCUUGUUGAA